CACAGCUCAAUCCUACUCCUGUCCGUAAGGUCAGGAUCACACAUUUCUUGUGCUACUCUUCGUACAGGAAUCGGAAAGUGAAUGUGAUUCCGCCAGUUGGGAUCGAUUACGGUUCCAUAGCUGCAUGCUGUAUGCUGCAAGGCACACACUUUCACCAAACCUGGACCGACCCAGGAUCCUCGAAUCAGCAACACCACUCGCCUCAACAGCAACCUAACGAAAAUUUGCAAGCCGUCUUUCGCAACUCAUCAUAAGCGUACGACACUGAAGUCCACAGCCGGGAGAAAUCAUAGCUGUAUCUCUCUCUAGCACCUACUCACCAGCCAAGCCACCCCACCCUGAACGAACGGGAGCUCAGACAUUCUCGCUAAAGCGCUGAGCUGGUGUUUGGAAUCAUUCACAUUGGAAGAGCUGGCCAGAUCGAAUCGGUUACUUCCAUUGCCAGUGGUACAGCAUUUCAAUCUCCAGGGUGGGAUCUCGUCGAUCUUUCCGAGAGUUGCAAGCUUACCUACCCACCACCACAUGAGCUACGAAUUGAAAGCUGGGAAUUGGGUUCCGCCUUUGAUUGGCGUUUGAAUUUGGGUUGCAGUUGUCUAUUUACCUGCUUACUUGUUAGUUCUUUAUACUCAAGUUGCAAGGGUUGAUUGGAUUGAAUUGCUGAGCAGAGACGAAAAUGAGCGAGUCCAGCUUUUGGAAGAGGGGUGUGGGACGCCUCCGGGGAAAUUCAAAUUCCAAAUCUAAACCUGAUGCAGAUGUCGGGAAUAAUGGGCUUGGAGAUGGAGGUGGUACGGCGACGACGUUCCGAUUUGUGGAGGGUGGGACGGGGAAAGAUGGAAUUGGAAAGAGUAAAAGCUCGGAAGUUGGACAAGAGGACUCGGAUUUGACGCCUAAGCAACGACGGCGUGCGCAGGUUCGGAAAGCUCAGAUCGAGCAUCGUCAACGCAAAGAGAAUCACAUCAAGCACCUAGAGCAAGAAGUCAUCGACCUACGCGAGAAAAUAGCUCAAGCAGAAACACAAUCUGUGCUCUUCAAGCACGAAAACAUUGCCAUUAAAACGACCCUUCAAGACAGUAGAAUCACUAUACCUUCUCCAGCUCCAGCUACUUCGUCUCCAAAUAACUGUACCGACAUACAAAUACCGGAUAACCAAUUCCAAUUCGACUUUAACAGCCAAUCGCAAAGCCUAUCCAACACUCCUGAAAAAGUCCAAAAUCAACAUUCAGAUUUUGAGAGCAACAUGUUAAGCGGCACAGACGAAUUCUUCAACCUCCUCUCCCCUAACUCCCUCGCAUGGCUAACAAACACCACUCUCGUACGCACGACUUUCGACCCCUUCCUCGACGACGAAUGUCUACAGAUAAGUCCCGCUGGCACUUUUCCGAUGUCUAUCGAUACCGGUCCUGGUAUCCACAGUAGUCAAGAUAUCAAUAAUAUCUCGCUGCCUUCGCCUGAUAUGUUCAAUUCUGAGAUGUGGAAACCGGCGGUUUUACAGCACCAGGAGAGGGAGAAGGCGCAGAUGAAUGGAAGGGUGGAUGGAAUUGCUGGCACUGGGACGAUGUCACCGGAGGAGGAGAUGGAGAUGAUGGCAAUUAAUUUCAUCCUUGCCCUCGAACACCCCUGCCGCACACACUUCUCACCCCCCUCCGCCGUUCCCUACGAUCCCUCUUCCGCAGCAACAGGCCACGAGUUAAUGGCAACGACACACCUCUUCUCGCACGCCUCAUCCUUCACCCACCCAAAUCCGCAUCCACAUACUCACCCUCCCCGCACCUUAUCCCCACAGUUACACGCGCACUCGUACUCACAAGGCCUCCAAACCGAGAGCAUUCCAGCUGGAAACCUCCACCAAACAAUCGAAGCUCCCAUCCCAGGCAGCACAUGGCGCGUCCCACCCCUGGAUUUAAAGGGUCUAUAUGAAAUGAGCGAGUCUAUGCCAAAGGAGAACUGGGAGAUCACGCCUGUGCAGGCGUGGUUUCUAUUGGUGGGUCGGUAUGGGUGGGAGAGGUUGGUUGGGAAGGGGAGGAAUGGGAGUGGGAGUGAGAGUGAGAGCCCGAUUGAUGAGGUGAAGAGGGGCCUUGCGGAGUUGGUUUCGUGUUUGGGGUUUGGGAGUGUGAUGGAUGAGGUUGAGUUUUGGGGGGUUGUGGGGGAGGUUUUGGGGGAGGGAUGGGAGGAGUGAGGGGGUGAGAGUGCCGAGUGGGUGUGAAUAUAUUUUUCAUAUCAGCCAGAGGUUGCAACUUAACUGGGUUCUUUCACGUAUAUAAAUGUUGGCCACGGGCUUCGGGAGACUGGACUGUAUCCCUGUAGACUGGACUGUAUCCCUGUAGCAGAGAUAGAUUCUGGCAUAUGAGGCAAAACGCUCAAUAUUAUCACCAGAAUCUUGAUCAAUCAAGUCAGAGGAUGAAGAUAACCAUCGCAUGGGGUGAGGGGAGUUUGGUGACUUUGAAGCUCGUUAGGGGAUACCGGAACUAAGCUGAAGCUCAAAGCUUCGGACACGCCACGCUCUAAGGGGUUUGGAGAUUGGUUUUUGAGGUAAUAUUUGUUGACAGGUGGAAUUGAGACUGGGCCCCAUUUGUUGAGCUGAGGUUCUACCAAGAAUAGGCAGCUUUCCGGCAUAUGUAUCGUAUAUUCUUCCAUCCCUUACACCUCGCUUGUCCUUUGAACCGACAUGCCAAUGCGGUUUACAGCGAGAAAUGAUACAUCAAAUAAGUAAACAAGCUCAAAGGAGGAUAUCAGUAUUAAGUUGGAGCCAUCAUCCUUGUAAUACAUCC